CAUUUCGUCAAAAACAGCUGAUCAUUUAAACGUCACUUCUAAAUCUUUCACCUACGCUACUACGCCCAGUCCAACGUAUAAUUAAUUCGAGCCACGAGCUGAAGCAGCUUCCAAUCUAAGUCGCGCGACACGCCCAAAUAGGACCCGAAAAUGGAUCAAGACGACAGCGGCUCAGGCAAUAUAUUCGCAACGUACCCGUUUUCUUGGGUACUUGUCCCAAUCAUCAUAUUCGUCGGUGUCGGGACGCUCCUCAUGUGCUACCGAUAUCGCCGCCGAAGGAAGCUCCGCAUGUUAUACGGCACCAGCGCUUUAGAACGGGAUCUAGAAGCCAUGGGCAAUCGUUCGAGAUCGAGGGCACCGGCCGAGCGGCGGACAAGAGGAGGAAGACGUGGACUAGGACCGGACUUGGGUAGUAGAGAGGAAGGUCUAAAUGAGUUGGGUGAAGCGCCACCAGCCUACACCCCCGCACAAAAACGACCCGAUAACACAGACGACAUAGAAUUAAGUCCCUUGCAACCAUCGCCGGGUGCUGUAGACACAGACGGGCCCGGUACCAGUAGACCACCAACAUACGAAGAAUUACAACAAGGAGCGGAUCUGACGCAAUCUACAACACCUGUUGCGACAUCUAACAUACCGGAACCGCCCCCGAGAGCGGUCUUACCUCCGCAUUAACCUUACGAUUAAAGAAUGGAAGGCUUAGAAGGAUAUGUAGGGAAACGGAGUUUUGGGCGGCAUAUGGGCCACCUAGGUUAUCUAACGAAAUUAUUGCGAUUAUUAAAAGAGAUAUAUUAGACGGCGACUUAUCACGGUGGUAUGCCCGGUUGUAUAGAAUAGGGACAUCUGGGUGGUUCGUCCUCGUUGGGAAGGGUCGGGAUCUGAUUGAUGUCUGCUUGGGACUGGCCGCAGCCGUAUUAGAGGCGCCCUACAUUUGCUCUUAAUGAAUAUUAAUGUUUAUCUACUCGGUCAAGUCAUCGAAGAGGACGUUUUCGAUAUCCAUGAUGAGCUCCUAGCAGCCAAUGAGGCCGGGGAUAGUCGUCAUAUUCCAUAGAGAUCGGCAUCUC